CGUCCCAGGAAGCGUUCCGCCGAGCCGCGCUCCGCCCGCGUCCGCCGACCAGAUAGUAGCCCGGAGCGCGCGGUUCCGCUAGCGCUGAGUUCCGCGCGCCGGACCGAAGUGGCGGUGGAGGCGGGGGCCCUAGCUGCUGUGUACAACCUGUUCAAUAUGAAGAUAUUAGUAAUUCUUUUGUUUUGGGGACUUGUCACUGGCUAUAGAGGGAACUCUUCCGAUAGCUCAGCACCUCGGUUACUUCUGGUCUCCUUUGACGGCUUUAGAGCUGACUACCUGAAGAGCUAUGACCUUCCUCACCUCCAGAACUUUAUCAAAGAAGGUGUCUUGGUGGAACAUGUUAAAAAUGUUUUUAUCACCAAAACUUUUCCAAACCACUACAGCAUUGUGACAGGCUUGUAUGAGGAAAGCCAUGGCAUCGUGGCCAACUCCAUGUAUGAUGGCGUCACAAAGAAACAUUUUUCCGAGUCCAAUGAUAAGGAUCCGUUUUGGUGGAAUGGAGCGGAGCCUAUUUGGGUGACCAAUCAGCUUCAGGAAAACAGGUCAAGCGCUGCCGCUAUGUGGCCUGGCACUGAUGUACCCAUUCACAAUAUCACACCUUCCUAUUUUAUGAACUAUAGCAGCUCCGUGUCCUUUAAGGAAAGACUAGGUAACGUUACCACAUGGCUCAGCAGUUCCAACCCACCAGUCACCUUUGCAGCGCUCUAUUGGGAAGAACCAGAUGUAAGCGGCCACAAGUAUGGGCCUGAAGAUAAAGAAAACAUGCGUCGGGUAUUGAAAGAAGUAGAUGACCUUAUUGGUGAUAUUGUCCUAAAGCUCAAGGUGUUAGGACUAUGGGACAGCCUCAAUGUGAUCAUUACAAGCGAUCAUGGGAUGGCUCAGUGUUCUAAGAACAGACUGAUAGAUUUGGAUUCCUGCAUCGACCAUUCAAACUACAGUGUUAUAGACUUGACCCCAGUGGCUGCGAUUCUUCCCAAAAUAAAUGUAACAGAGGUUUAUGACAAACUGAAACACUGUAACCCUCACAUGAAUGUUUAUCUCAAAGAAGCUAUCCCUAACAGAUUUUACUACCAACACAGCAGUCGAAUUCAGCCCAUUAUUUUGGUUGCUGAGGAAGGCUGGACAAUCACUCUCAACAAGUCAUCAUUUAAAUUAGGUGACCAUGGCUAUGAUAAUUCCCUGCUUAGUAUGCACCCGUUUCUUGCUGCUCACGGACCUGCCUUUAGAAAAGGUUACAGGCAGAGCACCAUCAACACUGUGGAUAUUUAUCCAAUGAUGUGCCACAUCCUGGGACUAAAACCACAUCCCAAUAAUGGAACCCUCAGUCAUACCAAGUGCUUGUUGGUGGACCAGUGGUGCAUUAAUCUCCCAGAAGCCAUUGGAAUUGUUGUUAGUGCACUCUUGGUAUUAACCAUGCUAACAGGCCUCAUGAUAUUCAUGCGGAGCAGAGCGUCCACAUCCCGUCCAUUCUCUCGUCUUCAGCUGCAGGAAGAUGACGAUGAUCCUUUAAUUGAUUAAUUCACCAUGUCUUAUUAAUUUCAAAACUAAGGAUCCAUGCAAGGAGUGGUGUUACAGCCAUAAAAAAGGUAUAUUUCAAAAGACAAGACACACAUGGCAAAAUUACUCUGGGGUGUGUGUGUGUGUGUGUGUGUGUGUGUGCCCUGUUUUGGUGUGUUGCCUGAUGCAAAUAACCCUGAUGGUAUUAGAAUUGCUGGUAAAUCAGUUCAAACCACCUAGCAAGACUAGCCUUUGAGAAAAAACAACAACAACAACAACAACAACAACAACAAAAACCUUGGGUCCUUCUUCCUUCUUUCCUUCCUU